AUGUCGCGCCCGACGCCGGAAGUUUUGUUAGGCGAUGAAGGAAAGCCAGAAUGCCGCAACUGCAUUCGUAAAGGCAGUCUUUGCCAGUAUGGUCCUGUGUUGACCUUUUUGAGUAAGAACGCAUAUACCGUUCAGCAUCCCGACCAGCAGCAUGUAGAUCCUUCUCGGGAUAGGAGGGAUUACGAGUUUGUCAACGCAUCGCCGUCGAAGACAACUGAGGAUCAGUCUUCGGCGGUUCUUUCAACAGCUAAAAACGGGAAUGGGAGCUCUUUCAAUGAAAGCAAAGUAUCAUCACAGCCUUGUAGCCCAAACGGAGUUAGCAAUGGCAAUGUGGCGGCACAGGCACCCAAUGAAACUACGAGCCCCAAAGAAGGCAACACAGCUGCAGCAGGGGGGCUCUUGACACUUAAUUUGACAGUCUCCAGCGUGCGAUCAUCUGCAAUGUUUGCAGUUAACCAUUCUGCUGACGAGACAACGGAAAAUUUUAGCUCCAAUAUGUCCGACUUGCACCAGCGAAGUGAAGCUCCAAGCAUAGACGCACUUCUCAGACUACCAACUGAAAAUAUCUCAAGAGAGCAUUCUUCAUCUAGUUUCUGCAAUGACACAUUAGGAAACCUCGAUGGCCCACUCACGAGCCCAUUACGCCAGAAUGAACUUUUACUGGGCCCUAGAGAUACCGGCUUCUGCAGUUCUGCAGUCAUGCAAGGAGAGCAACAGGAGCGUGGGGAUAUCCACGCCCUUCAGCACUAUAGAUACGAAGUGGCUACCUGGCUGGAUAUUUGCGAUACGAGUCAAUCAUUUGGAAUAGCUGCCAUCCAACUAGCCGUUGGUGCUGCCCCUUUCGGACCGCAUCCAGAUGUGCACAUUCUCUCCGAGAUUCUUUCAUUUAAGAAAUUCUCACCUAAAUCGCCCAAUCUUGGGUUGUCUAUGCGAAUAUACUCUAUCAACACCGAUACGACGUUAGGGGAAACACCUUCCAACACGUUGAACUUGGAAGGCUCUCAUGAGAAUGCCGACCAGCUUCGUCAAGUCGAAAUGCAUCCUACUUCUCUCGCUCUAACCACAUCUCUCAAACGGGUGCACACCCUAAUUUCCAAUACAUACUGCGCAUGGACUAAAACAGAAAUGAGUCUUGAUCACUCGAACCUCGUAGGCUCGCUAAUCCCGUAUGCUUUAGAGAAAAGCUUAAGAUCGGCAAUAUUCUGGCUGACGCUAAGGCUAGAUCUCAGUGUUGCAUUGAUCAAUCCAACUUCCCGUCUUUUGAGUCUUUUGACGACAAUCACGAUUCAGAACUUUGACCUCUAUUCUCGAAACAACGUCGAGAACGAGGUUUUCUAUCAUGCCCACGUUCCAUUAGUUUUAUGCGUUCAGGCGGCUGUUUUUUACAAUGGCGGAACAAGCGGUGUAUCAUCAACGCACCGAACGAUAGAAAAGUGGUUAGAACUCACACACGAACUAAAUCAGUGGUAUUCAAGAAGAAACAGUCUCUUCCAGCCUGUUACUGAUCUCGAAUCUCAUGAGCGAGACUUCAGUGACUUCCCAGUAAUAUUAUUCACAAGCGGUGCUGGUGUUUUUGGGAACCAGCUUUAUCACACCGCAAUGUAUUUGCUGCUUCAGAAGAAGCCUCGCACAGCCCAACUUCUGCAUAUCCACAGUGCUGCGAGGUCCAUACUGUGGCAUACCAGGAGGAUAUGUGGCAUGGCCUUACACAAUGACCGUCGCCAGUGCUGGGAUUUCAGUUUGUUGUCGUCGCUUUUUAUCGCUGCAAAGACAAUGACAUAUAGAUCCCAGCAGGUGGAUAUACUCCAAGGGAUACAUCGUAUUGCCGCUUUGCAGGCAGAAUGGUUGAAAAUGGAAGAUUUUCGAGGAUGGGCAUAA